AGAGAAUUCAAGAUGGCUGCUACAGGUUCAAAGUAAAGAGCCAACUCCUCUGGACCCCACUGUGUGCAUGAAGCUGUCCUUAGGUUGCAGUGCAAGUGCUACAUCCCCCAGCUCCUCUUGCCUGUCAUUAUGUCCUCCACCUCUUCCUCCUACUCCUCCUCGGGGGAGACUAGUCCGGAGGACGUACCCCGAGGUGGGGGCACCAUCCGAGUCUACCUCCCCAACAAACAGAGGACAGUGGUGAAUGUUCGCCAGGGACAGACGGUGCACGAGAGUCUAGACAAAGCGCUGAAAGUGAGAGGCUUAAGCCAAGACUGCUGUGCUGUAUUCCGCCUUCUAGAGGGUCGCAAGAGACUGACAGACUGGGACACAGACAUCACUCCUUUAGUUGGAGAAGAGCUUUUAGUCGAGGUCCUGGAUGAUAUUCCUCUCACCAUGCACAACUUUGUACGGAAAACCUUCUUCAAGCUAGCUUACUGUGAUUUUUGCCACAAGUUUCUUUUUAAUGGCUUCAGAUGUCAGACAUGUGGCUACAAAUUUCACCAGCACUGUAGCAGCAAGGUCCCGACUGUGUGUGUGGACAUGGAUACCGUGAGCAAACGGUGUUAUCCUAAUCCUUGCACAGAUGAGUACCCACGGAUAUUAUUGCCAGAUAAUUCCCCAUCACAGAGCAACCUAGCCUUAACCCCAGAGCCUGCUGGGAUGGACCUCUUGUCCCCAACCUCAGCCUUUCGCUUCCCCAUGCCUGGUGGAGAUGGCCAGUCUCUACAGAGACACCGCUCCACCUCCACUCCCAAUGUUCAUAUGGUCAGCACAGUGGGCCCUGUGGGUGCAAGCAUCAUAGAGGAAGCACUAAAAUUCAACAACACAGUGGGUCCUGAGCCCUCACCGAAGCCCUCCACCAGCCCACCCUCUUCUCUCGGCUCUCCAGGUAGGAGACCACCAAAGUCCCCUUCAGAGCACAAGGAGCGCAAGCCCUCCUCAUCUGACGACAAAAAGAAAGUGCACCGAGGGGGCUACAGAGACUCAAGUUACUACUGGGAGGUCCACUCUCGAGAAGUCACCAUUCAGAAGAGAAUAGGUGCUGGCUCCUUUGGAACGGUGUUUAAGGGGAAAUGGCACGGAGAUGUGGCAAUCAAGAUCCUUAAAGUCACAGAGCCGACGCCUGAGCAGUUACAGGCCUUCAAAAAUGAAAUGCAGGUCUUACGGAAGACCCGCCACGUCAACAUCCUGCUGUUCAUGGGCUACAUGACUAAACCCAACUUUGCCAUCAUCACACAGUGGUGUGAAGGCAGCAGCCUGUAUCGCCAUCUGCAUGUCACAGAAACCAAGUUUGACACUAUGCGGCGCAUUGAUGUGGCCAGACAGACAGCACAGGGCAUGGAUUAUCUUCAUGCAAAGAACAUAAUUCAUCGAGAUUUGAAGUCAAACAAUAUUUUUCUUCAUGAGGGCUGGACUGUAAAGAUAGGUGACUUUGGCUUGGCCACGGUGAAGUCUCGGUGGAGCGGUUCUCAACAGGUGGAACAGCCUAGUGGAUCCAUUCUCUGGAUGGCCCCUGAGGUAAUCCGAAUGCAGGACAGCAACCCAUACACGUUCCAGUCUGAUGUAUAUGGCUACGGAGUAGUUCUGUUUGAGCUGAUGUCAGGGACCUUGCCUUACUCCAAUAUCAACAACAGAGACCAGAUAAUCUUUAUGGUUGGACGUGGUUACUUGUCUCCAGACCUCAGUAAGCUGUAUAGUACCUCACCCAAGUCAAUGAAAAGGCUCAUCAUUGACUGCCUGAAGUUCACACGUGACGAGAGGCCCCUGUUUCCCCAGAUCCUGGUGGCCAUCGAGCAGGUGCAAGACCUGCUGCCAAAAAUCGAGCGGAGUCGUUCAGAGCCUUCACUCCAUCGGGCUGUUCACGCUGAGGACCUGAAUCCCCUCCUGUUCCACACCACCAGGCUGAUGCCCCUCUAAGCUCCCUGCAGCACUGGGCAGAGAGGCUGUCACCCUGUCCGCAACCACAGCACACCUGUGUCUCAGAGAGGCCACAGCUGGCUGCCCUGACAGACCACCACCCAACUCACUGUCUGCCCCUGCAAAGCCCUGGAGCUGCACCACUCAGCACAAAACUCAGUAACGAACUGCAGAAAUAACCUUAACAUUUACAUUGACACAUUUGGCAGACAUUUGCAUGUACUCAUUUGGCAGAUGCUUUUAUCCAAAGCGAUUUAUAAGUGAGGGACAUCAUUAACCCCAGGACAUCAGUGUCUAAAUGUUAUAAGAAGUAACCUGUGUCCCACACAGCGCAGGACCCAAGGAACUGUUGAGAGUCUGUCUUUUCCGGUCAGUUUCUAUCACAUUAAGCAACAUGUUGCUUAGGAACAUGUUGCUUGGUGUGAUAGUGAAUGUUCUUUUCCUUUAUAUAAGUCACAAUGAUCUGCUCAUUAAGUGAAAGAACGGUCUACUGUGUUUAGAAGUAUGUUAAAAUGCCUCUUAUCAGGCCGAGAAAAUUCAUCAGGUUGACUUGCAUUAGACACUCUGUCUUACUGGGAGGUAUGUUGAUUUUUGACAAAAAUGUAAAAAAAAAAUAUCAUUUUUUACACAUGCAAUGCAAAAUUGCGCUGCCCAUUUUCAGUAGUAAAAUAUUCUUACUCUGACCUUUGAAGAGCACUGUGAUCCCAGUCAAAGAUUUUAAUCAGUUUAGCCUGACCAUGAUGCUGGGGCAGUCGGUUCAGGUCACCUGAUUAGCUGACAUACUUCAAAUGCUCAGUCGUCAUGCGCCCCUUUCAGACUGCUAGUGAUUUGAAAGCAGACCAUGUGCCUGUUUGAAAGACUUGGCAUUUUGUCUUAGUCUGAAUGGGGACAUCCAGUAUUUACUGCUUUUGCACAAGCAAUAUAUAUGUACAACAAACCAACAUGAGGAGGCAGAGGAAGAUGACACUCAAACCUUUAGAAGCCUAGAAGAUGUUGGCAACUUCAUACACUGAACUAUGAAAAAAGUUUUAGUAAGAAAUAAAGAAAAAUAAUUGCCUUGAUGAAACUCUCUGCAUAUACAAACAGCAGUGAAAGGCUUGAAAAACACAAGUGGUGGAUCUUUGCAAAUCAAAAUGACCUUGUCUUCCAACACUUGAGAAUAACUUAUCUUAAUUGGAUAUAUGUCAUCAAGCAGGCACCCCAUUCUUUUAAAUCACCAACCAGUGUUUCCAUUGAAGUUGCAGUGGACUAAUAAAAAGUCAAACACCAAAAGAGCAUUUGACAUGUGGAAGUUCAACAGCUGACCCAGUAGGAUGUGGUCAAAAUUGGCUGUAGAUACAAAUCAACACAUUAGUCUAUUACCACACUUGUAGAGAAUUCGCAUUAUCCUCUAGUCUUAAAAAUCAUAUUGAAUGGGAACAAAACAGUAGGCCAAGUUUAACUGGUUUCAAAAAUAUAAAAAAUAAAAAUAAAUAAAUAAAAAAACAGAACAGUGCUUCAUCUUAACACACUAUCAAUUCCUAAAACAUUGAUUUCAUGUAAGUUGUGUUAUUUACCCGACACCACUGGUAUUUUUCAGCUCAGUCAGACUGAAUACAGGAUUAAGUUGUUAGGACCAAUAUUCUUGAAGUGUAUACAGACGGAUCAUUCUGAUAUUCAACAUUUUCAAGUCAGAAUAUUCAAAAAGUGUUCCCCCACACAUUUUAUUUUUGCCAGUACAGGGAAAACCUUUUAAAACAUCAGUUAGGUCAUCACAGGACUCCUAAAACCCAUUGGAAUGAUAAAAUGUUUGUAAGGUUAUUAAGAAAAUUCAGAUUAGGGGCUCUCAGUAGACCAUUACCUCGGUGGUGAUUGAUUCUAUAACUACUACUGCUAACCCUAACUCCCAAUUCCACUCGUCUACCCCCCACAGUGAUAAAGACAUGUACAUACGAGGCACAGACAUUACAGGUCUCAUGAGAGAACAGUGUCAGAUUGAAGGAACUCUCAAGACUUUCCACAGAUUCCUUUUCACUAUUUUGAAAUCACAAUGUCGUCACGCUUCAGAUUGCAGAUGAGAUGGCUUUUACUUGUUUUCUAAAUGAUUGUCCUUUUUAGCCUACUGAGGAAUUGACAGACAGUGAGAUGCAGUCUUAAUGUUAAUGGUUAGUUGUAUUGCUGCUACAUUUAGUGACUUUUUUGUUCAGUUUUUUUCUGCACCUAGAGGAUGACAGACUUGGAGUGCAGUCAAUUGCCAUAGUACAGAGCUUCAACAAGUCUUUUGCAGUCCUGUCUUAAUAUUUAUUCUUAAUCCCCUCAAAUGUUGCACCCUGGAUUAGCUCCUAUAUUUCAUGCAUUCAUGCACACGCAGACAUUUAAUAGUUGUUGGAGAUGCAUUAUUGCAUGAUUGCAGACACUAAAGGGCUUGGUCUCGUUGGUCAGGAUUGGGCUCACUGCUCAGUCACAAAAUGUGAUAUAUGUGAUCAACUGACCACAAAUAGAAUCUAACUCUGUGUGAAAUACUGCACCAUUAUAAUGGCAAUCCACCAAGGUGCAAGCCCGCCUGGCUUUUAAAGGGACUGGGAGAUGGCACUAUGAUUGGUUUAUUGCAUGUUACACCUAAAACAGUCCCAUGAUUAAUUAAGACAUUAAGGACAACCCUUUUGGACCAUGCGCCUGGAGCAGCAACUGUUUUUUCCAUGUUACAUAGCAAAAGUGACCUAGACACACCCUAAAUACACAUUAGACCAUGAGCUUUGGAUCAUAAAAAUGGACCCCAAACUGUGAUGAAAGUAAUUGUGUGAAGAAUGAAAAAAGCUUGAAAGAGAAUUUCAAAUUGUGCUUGCUUCCACCUGGCCAAUGGCUGUUUAAAGUGAGUGUGAGUGUCAAAUUGAUUUCAGAAAAUUUUGAAAAUUGUAUGACCCACCCGUCACCAAUUCCAAUGAUGAAAAUGGAGUUUUAGACACUAAAGAAUUGGGCAAGCACUUUGUUUGAACAAGCAAAUAUCAUCCACCUGUUCAUGUAGUACUUGGCCAGUUGAGCAUUUACCAGUCGUUGGUUUUGGUUUAUGCGUGUCGUCAUUUUCAAACAAGAGCCUGAAGGAAACUUGAAGUUGCUGUUCUCAACAUCAAAAUCUGUUUGUGUCACUGUGAUUGAGUGUUUCACUGUCCUCUGUUUCAUGGCCGAGCUUGUCCGUCCGUAUUCUCUACACCUUCUCCUGCUCUCACAUCUGAAAAAGAAUCGAGGAACCAAACAGUGAUUUGUUUAUCAUGUUACUCACAGAGUUAUCUCUGGUUUAGGCCCGUAACUAGUUGCUGUUGUCUUUUGGCUAACGUGGUGAAUAUAUUCAGUUUGUUUCCUUGGGCUUCUUUUGUUCAGGAUUUGACCCCUUAGGCAGCGCUGAGGUGUAAACAGCUUUAUGAUGCAGUAACUUUCCAGUAAACGUGGAUGUGUCAUAACUUAAGCUGAAAUGAUUAAAACAAGCUGCCUUACAAAACUAUGAUACAAGGUCAAAACAAAGGCUACAGCAGCAUAAAGAUCUUCCUCAGUAAUGAUGGGGGAACUGCAAUGGUGUGUGGUGCCUUCUUGCACAGUUGUAUUUUAGAGGUCAGUGUCUCUGCUGUGUAAUGACCGUGGGUUGACAAUGAGAAGGCCUUAGGGUUCAGCUAACAUCACUGUGCUGCUCCAGUUGUUGGAUGUGACAACCUGUGCCUUGUUGAUCAGGGCGUAGACUUUUGUGAAACACUGCUCCCAAUUAAGAGCACAAUGCUUCAUGAGAUUUAAGUUAUCACAGGGAAUAAUUAGCAGUUUGGGGAUGGGGCUAAACCCUUUCAUGGUUUAAACUGAUAAUGCCAUGCAAAAUCACUAUUCACCAGUGUGGAACCAUCAAACGUGAACAUGGAGGCGGGACUUUGUGCUGAACCAAGCCCGGAGCAGCUUUUUCUCUCAGCUUCUUUAAUCUGUGACACUAGUGGGACGUACUGUAUUUCUUAAAAGCUUCAAUAGAAUAUCAUUUGGCAUCUGCUUUGACUCGUCAGAUAUGCUCUCAGUAGAAAGUGACAUGUCUGAAGUCGUCAGAUUUUCAAAAACAAAUAGAAGCCGUACUUGUUCAGUCAUGCUGUCAGUACCAUUAGCAGAGCAGGAGGUUCAGUCAGUAUUUUCAUACCUGAUAGCCAGUCAGCCAGUCACACUCCUGUGCUGAUUCCACUUGCUCAAGGACACACUGACAGUACAGUUUACUGUUUGAAUAGAUGUGGUUAAUUUUUGAAAAAGCAAACAAUACAUAGAAGUAGAAAUGUGGAUAAUGAUAAUAGUUUCUAAGGCUUAUCAACAGCCAACAAUAUUGUCAUGGAUUGUGGAUGUUCAGUUUUUCAUUUCUUGAGCACUUUAAGGAAUUAUCAUGCAUGUUGAUUCUUGACUUUAGAAACAGCAGCAUUGGAGAAAUAAUCUCACCCCAAGGUCCAAUAAGCAGCUGUUAUGAAGCUUGGAAACUCCAUUUGCUCAUGUAGAUAGUGUGGUAUGAUCAAAAGCCCCAGAACAGUGACUAAAGGGACCUUAUUAGACAACAAAUAUUGAGUGAAGAAAGAGCAACACCUUCUUUCAGAUCGUCUCAGCUCUUUGAGGAUUUUCAACCAAAGCCUUUCUAGAUGUUUCACAUUUCCAUAGCACUGGCCCCUUUGCUGGAUUUAUAAGUAACCAUUGAGGAAAGUAUUCUGUUAAAAAAAACAAAAAAACAAGCCAGCUUUCUUCAUGAAUGUUGGUCACAGAUACUAUGCUUUGGAGUUGAUCAGUACAGACUAAUUGGAAGUAUUAGCUUCAUGAUACUAAUGAGUCAUGUUUUUUUGCAAAAAAAUUUGAACUGCUGCACCAGCAGCAGCUGUGUGAGGGUGAUGUUCCUGGUGGUGGUUGGUGUACUGUUAACUGGCUGACAACCUCUGUAUACUGUAUGUGAUGAGACUUAGCAUGAAGUGGAACAGAUUUUAAUGUUUGUGUCGGUCAUUAAACCUUGAAAUUUAAUGUUGUCGAACUAGGGGCUGGGAACCCUAAAUGCUCUUACUCAUUCCAGUUGUAUUGGUGGAUUGUGGUUUAGGGGGACACUGGUUUUAGCAGCGGGGGUUGGGGUGGGCAUUUCUGAACCAGGGUUGGUAAAAAACUUUGCUUCUGUCUUUCUCUUAUUUAUUGCAACUGCAACUGCAGUUCUUUGAGGUGGAUGAAAUGUUUAGAGACAGAGCUCACUCUGUCAUUCAAUGUUGUCUCUCCAACCAGAAUGUUCUUUUAGGCACGGUACUGUCUGUUCCUUCAAAUUACUUUUAUUCUGAUAAAUUCUCAGUUACUGCAGGGGCAUUUGUAAUAGCUGUUCUUUAAAGGUGCUAUAUGUAAGUUUUUGUUAUUAUGACAUUGCUAACGUUAGCAUUAGCAGCUGCCCACCUUACCA